GAAGAGGGCUAGCAAUUCCUAAGGCAUCUCAGCCUUCGAGAAAGAAAAACUACAAUUCCCACAAUUCAUUCGGACGUGGUCUUUGGAGACCACAGCUCCCGCAGUGCUCUGCGCUCGCUUCCUUUCCCACCCGUGAGUGUGAUGUAUGGCAACGCAGUGACGACACAGUGACGUGGGCGGGUGAGGGUUCACGGAGGCCGGAGCCGGUGUCUGUCUAGCUGCUGGCAGAACUGAGACAGCCCGGGGGUCGGACAUUCCCAUCAGGCUCCCCCUUCAUGGCGGCCCGCCGGCUCCGGGAAGUCUUGCGACUGGGAGCGCGGGGAGGGCUGAGGCCGCGAGCGCCCCCGACUGGCUGUUCCAGGUACAUGCCAUCCUGUGGGCUUCUGAUGAUCCGCGCUCCCCAAGCCAUCAGCACUCUUGAUUGGGAUCUUAGUGCUCAGCACAGCCGGACGUUUAUCAACUUUACAGGGCCUUUCACCAACAAACGGAAGGAAUAUUCAGAGAGGAGGAUCAUUGGUUAUUCCAUGCAGGAGAUGUAUGAAGUUGUAUCCAAUGUGGAUGAAUACAAGGAAUUUGUUCCCUGGUGCAAGAAAUCAGUUGUGGUCUCUAAGCGGACAGGCCAUGUGAAAGCCCAGCUGGAAGUUGGAUUCUCUCCUGUUGUGGAACGUUACACAUCCAUUGUGACACUGGUGCGGCCCCAUCUGGUGAAGGCUGUUUGCACUGAUGGGAAGCUCUUCAACCACCUGGAGACUAGCUGGCGUUUCAGCCCUGGCAUUCCUGGCUACCCUCGCACAUGCACAGUUGACUUCUCAAUUUCUUUUGAGUUCCGCUCCCUGCUACACUCGCAACUGGCCACGGUUUUCUUCGAUGAGGUGGUCAAGCAGAUGGUGGCGGCCUUCGAACGCCGAGCAGGCAAGAACUACGGCCCUGAGACCCGCAUUCCCCGAGAGCUCAUGUUCCACGAGGUCCACCAGACGUGAAGGCUGCCCUGCUGCUUCGGUGGCCACACGGACGCUUUGCUCUGGGGUGUGCACUCAUGGCUUCCCCAGCCCCCCCUGUUUUUAUCUAUUUAUUUGGUUUCUCCUGGUAUCCUGUCUUAAUUUAUCCACUGGGCCUGGUGUGAUGAAAAGAGACUUGUUCCCAAGGAAGGGGCCAGGCCACCAUGUUACCACCGGAGCAACCUUUCAACCUUCUGUUUUGCCUAGGCAUGCUGUUAUGCUGGGUCAUACAUAGAUACCUUGUUCUGUAGCAUACUUUAUUUGAAAAGUCCCCCUGCCCUACCACUUUAAGUUCCCAGUCUGUAGAUCAUCUCCCAUCCCUUUCUCUACUUAUGGUAUGUGUCAGUGUGGCCUGUCUUAGGCUGAUGACUGCCCCAAUCCCUGUUUCUAACUGAAAAGGGGUGGUAGAAGCUCACAAUGUGUGAAUCGUGCACUCUUUCUGUGCCUAGUGAAGGGCCUGUUGGAAAUUGUGCCUGGUAAAUCACGUGUUUAAAAAGAAAAGAAACCUGAUCUGGGCUGCCUCUUGGUAAUACAUGGUAGUCUCAUUUGUGGUUGGAUUUGCAGGACCCUGGUGGUUUAACCUUGCUUUGAGAGGUUUGGUGUGCAGUAGAGGAAAGGCAGAUAUGGCAGAGGGGAGGCAGGCAGGUAGGUGAGCAGUGGGGGGGGUGGACAGAGGAAGCUCGCAGGCAUCUAUAUUGUACCUGUGCUACAGCAUCAGGCUUGGACUCUUCUUCUUCACCCAAAUGGUACCAUAAGCUUUGUUCAUUGUAGGGCUGUCUUCGGGAGACUAGCACCCAGUCAAAGCCAAGUGCAAAGGACCUUUGAAAGAUGUGUGCCAAAUAAAGGGCUAAAGGAAGCCUGGUUAGUUUUAGAAAUGUUAGAAGAGAAGCCCCAGAUGGGUGCAUAUUUGCUGGGGGGGAGGAACAUGUAAGAGGAGGAGAGGGGAAACAGAAUUGCCUGUUGGGAGUACAGCCAGAUUCUCCAUCUUCCUGCCUCGUGUAGACCCACCUCCAACACUCCCAAAUGUCACCUGCGACCCCAGAAGUAGAUGCCUUGAUUGUGCUGACUUUUGAUGUGCAGUGACCCAGGCAUCAUUGGGACUAUUGAGGCAAUGGAUUUUGUGAGCUAGAUAUUGCCCACAACUUCCCCAUCCCCCACAAAUGCUUUCUGCUUUGUAUUAAGGGAUCAGCAAAUGGCAUUAGCAGGCUGGGAGCUGCUGCUUUGGGGACAAGAUUUCCACCUCUUCAGAAUCAUGGUUCCUCUUCCAUCGAAUAUUUCCAUAGAGGGAGAGUGGCCAUACCUUGCGUUUCUCACUUAAGGUGAAGUGCCCACAAAGGACUACCAGAGGAGAGUGACUGGAGUGGCAGGAUCUCCAGUUAGCUUGUGGGAAGGCACUUAGCUAGGAUCUGCAGAUCCCAGCUGUGAUUCUGAAUUGUAUAGAGCUCCAUGUCUUGAUGCUGCCUGAUGGCUGAAAACUGCAUGUUGGGGCUUCCGUGUCUGCCCAGUAGCUGUUCCAGAAAUUGGCUCCUAUUCCCAUUACACCAUUGUGAGUAUCCCAGAACUCCCUCCCAUUCAGACACUCAUUUUUAUUGCCUACUUUGCUAUAAACUCAGUACUCUUUCUGGUUAGCAAAUGAGUUUUUAGGUGCACAUUUUGCACAAAUGGUGGACACACGAUUGCUGGGAUUGGAGAAAAAGUGCUGCCACAGGCUGAAAUGACACCCUUCAGCAUGCUGCAGGGCUGUAUAAAGGGCUGAACCAUGCAGUGUGGGCAUGGGGUAUUCUGGGCACUAUUCUUCCAAGAUUUGGGUGCUGGAGUAUGCAUGCUUUUUAUGAAAAUGUAAGAUUGGGUGAUUGUGCAAAUGAUCACUGUUUUUCAUAGCUUCCGUGGCUCUGUGCUCAACAUGCAGGGGAGGGAAGACAGGAUUAAAGGGCAGGUUGAAGGAAAUAAAGUAGAUGGCUGAAACUUUUGGGAGCCCUUUUUUGUUCCCCAGAUGAGCAAGCUGGCCACCCCACCUGUUCAGAUGUUAGGUGUAGCACUGCUGUGCAGUAAAGCAUAUACCUGCACUUGAAGGGUGAAAGUUAGCUCAACAGGGGCUUUCCUUACAGAUGUAACAAGUUGUUCUGUGAACUGCCCCCCUUCAGGACCAGGAUACCUAGACCACGAAUGGGAUCACGGUUGGAAGCCUACAGUGUUUGGGUAGUCACUGGAAGGACACCCCACUUUCCUUUUCAGACAGAGCAAUGCCAUAGAGUGGGGAUGCCUGCUGUGGCAUAGAUACUUGGGCAGUCUCCUGUUGAGGCUGCAAGAUGUUCCCCAGGGUGGGCUACUUUCUCCCAUUGUAAAAUCGAUGGCUUCCUUUUGUCUCUGACCAGGCAAAAUUUCAUGCUUAGCUUUUCUUCCUAAGAAGAGUAUCCGCUAGUUCAACUUCUAUCCCUGAAUCUGUGGCACUGCUAUUGUUGCAAACAUUCUGGAAACAACUGCCCACCCGCUGUGCUGACCUAACAACCUGGUUUUUGAAACAGUCCCAUGAGUCAAUCUGAAUGCUUCUUAUUCCCAUAGGUUUUGAAUAGCGACUGCCACUUGGAGAGUUAAAUUUGAUCACUGGAAUGGUACAAAUUUGGCCAUACAGUUGGUGUCCUUUGCUGACAUGUUCCCUCAGCAACUCUCCCCAAAUCUUUAAUAUUUCUUCUUUCUCUGCUCCCAAAAUUGUCACCUUUACCAACUGACUGAAGACUUGUUUCCAGAGAACAACCUUCUUGUCUUUCUGGGCUACUGAAACUAUUUGCUUGCUGUUUAUCCCUGUUUCUGCUGUUAUCCUAUAAGAAGGAACAGGCUUGCAUAUGGAGUACAGGAGGGAAAGGGUCGCAUUUUUCUAAGACCAGUAUUUCCAGAAUGCUUCUCUGAGCAAAUAGUUUCAUUUUUUUAAGGCAAUAAGUAAGUGCUUAUGAGGAAGGCUACCGAAGAGGAAGUCAUUAACAAUAACAGACUUCUAACCCUGCUCUGCCAAGCUUGUCCUGUGCUAUAUUAAUAAAAACCAGCAACUUUAGAACUCCCCCUUUAAGCUUGGAUGUCCUAGCUAUCUUAAUUGCAAGGAGGUACAAUUGUGAUGGCUGGGAAUGUUUGGAGUUUCUGUCCAUGUGAUUGGAAAGCUGCCCUUGAAUCUCAAGUCUAGUGAAAUGACUAGCAUGGCAUCUGGGAUACUAGAAAAGCAAACUUGAGUUUGGUUGGGAGCCCCUUGCCUUCAGUCCCUAUGUCAGGCUUGUUCUAUUGCAGAUGAUUUGGGGUCAAGUUGCCAUCUCAAUUGUAUCUGUAUCUUUACAGGAAUGAUUUUUCCACUGCUCUGUUGUCAAAAGCUAUAAUCCCUUCUAUGCAGUUUACCAGGCCUUUUUUCCUACUGUUUGGCAAUAUUAGUACAGUGGCUGACAUUUGCUCAUCUUGCUGUGACAGCUGCAAUCUUAUUCAUGCUUAUUUGGGAGUAAUUACUAUUGAACCUAGUGGGACUUACUUCUGCAUAAACGUGCUUACAGAUUGCAUUGAUUUAGAUUACUGUCUACCUGUGCCAGAGGCUGGGGGUUGUAAGAAAAGGCUUUGAGUAACUCAAGGGAGUAGUGGUUACUGGUAAGCUAGCUUUGACUGCAGGAGGUAGAUGGCAACAUGUUUGCUGUUCUUUCCUAAAAGUGAAGCACAAAAAAUUCAGGGUGUGUUAUUUGGUGCAGAUCUUACCUUUUUUCCUUCUCUACAGAGCAAGUUUCUUGCUCUUUUGGACUUCAGCAAUAGGCACAGCUUACACAUUCAGCAUAACAAAAUCCCAGCAGCUUGAGGUAUUGUUGAAUCAAACAAAGUUCAAUGGUUAGGGUUUUAUGCUCUGUGUAGUUUACUGCUCCUUCCUGUGACUUUCAUAAUAGUAGAUUGCAAAAUAAAUUAUGCAAAAUGAGAACUACAUUUUCUCAAUUUGAAUAACUUACUGAAAUCACAAUUAUUCUCUGGCAUGUGUGUGAUAUAUAGAAGUCUUGCCUCCUUUGCUUUUCUGCUGGUCUGCAAAGCUUGUUUCUUUUUGAUAGUGCAAAGUGCAAACCUCUUUUGAAACUGGAUUCUCAGCUUGAGAACAGAGGCUGGCUUUAUAGUGGGUUCUUCUGGUGCAGAUUUCUGGAUGUUGCUGUUCAAAGCAAUUCUGCUAUUGCCAAACAAAACAGUAACGUUCCUUGGUUUCUGAUCCUAAAGUUCUCCUCUACACAGAUGAGUAGAAUUUUUUAAAAAAGUGCUUAGUAAGGCUGGUGAUUCUUAAGCACGACUAUUAAUUGAAAAUGGGCAGCCUUGCAUUUAGGCAUUUGCCAAGCAGGGACCAAGCCCAAAUUCACCAAGACACCACAAACUGUUUCUGGACAAUAAAAAAAGUAUACUCAUGUAGAAGCAUAUUAGUCUCUAAGGUGCCAUGAGACAAACUAGUGGCUCUGUUACUUUGAAUCAUUGUAAACUUGAUCCUUGAUUUAUGAAUCGUUUGCUGCAAUCUAUGUACCAUACUCCCUUUAAAAAGGAAGAGAUUGUAGUGCUAUUUAACUAAUGCUAGUAGCGCUUAAGUUCCACAGAGAACAAUGUGAAUGUUAAUACUCGGCUAACUUCAUUUGCAGCGGAGCACAGUUCUUUAUCAACAGAGACAUACAAGCACAUAAUGCAUCCUGGUUGUUGCUUGUUUGAAACUUACCCUGCAAGUUCAAGCUUCCUGUUGGUCCUUGCUCAGCAUUGAGCCAUUCUGGCCCUUAAAAAUGUCUCUCCAGUGCAUAACAAUCAGUGAUGCUUUUUGUAGCUCAGUUGUAUCUUCCUUUAGAGAUCAGAUGGUUCUUAAUCUUCUCCCCCUCCCCCCAUCCAUCCAAUGAACCUGGACUUGCAAGUUUCAUGUUAAAACCUUGGAUCCUGCUUCUCUCCAGUGGCAAAUUAAAUCUGUUCUAAAUGUUGCAGUGCCUUGUGUUCCUACCUGUUUCAUUAAUAGCUGGGUCCCAGCUGCCUCAUACACCUUAGCCUGGUACGUGCUACCUCAAGUUUGUAAGAAAGGGGAUGUUUCCAGAGAAAAAUGAGGGGAAAGAAAAUUAAGUUAUGCACAGUAAGAGGAAAUCAUCAUUGUGCCCUAACCUUUAACUGUGAAUCUUAUUUGAUAACUGCAAAAUCUGUCUGAGAAUGUUCGGAGACUGAACCAAUCCCAACAGCAUUUUUAUAGAUCAAUAAAAAAACUGUUUGCAAAAA